AUGGCAUCAAGAACGGUUGCAAAGGACAUAAUCACUCUCCGUGGUUCUGCAGCGAUUGUUAGUGAGUUCUUUGGUUAUGCAGCAAACAGUAUACUUUACAAUCGAGGGGUUUAUCCAGAAGAGGGUUUUGUGAAAGUGAAAAAAUAUGGGCUUCCAUUGCUGCUUACUCAAGAUGAAGGUGUUAAAACCUUUAUUGCCAACCUGAAUGCUCAGUUAUCAGAAUGGCUGGAAGGUGGGAAAUUACAGAGGGUUGUUCUAGUGAUAAUGAGUAAGGCCACCAAUGAGGUCCUGGAGAGGUGGAAUUUUAGCAUUGAGACUGAUGGUGAGGUUGUUGAGAAAGGGGUGUCAAGGGAAAAGAGUGACAAGGAAAUUAUGAGAGAGAUACAGGCAAUCAUGCGUCAGAUUGCAUCAAGCAUUACUUACUUGCCAUGCCUUGAUGAACCUUGUGUUUUUGAUGUGUUAGCGUACACUGACAAAGAUGUUGCGGUCCCAUUCACCUGGAUUGAGAGCGACCCCAAACUUAUUGCCAAUCCACAAAUGGUGAAAUUGCAUUCUUUUGAUACCAAGAUACACAAGGUUGACACUCUUGUUUCGUACAAGAAUGACGAAUGGGAUGAGCAGUAG